AUGCCAGAAUUAUCACAAGUACAAACAGAAGAAACCCAAGAACCUACAACAUCUUCUACAAAUUCUACCCAAAAUUUAGAAGUUGAGGCAGCAGCUUUAAAAGAAGGAAUAGAAUUAUUGAGAUCAUUAGAACGUGAACCGACAGGACUACCACCAUAUAUGAGAACAAAUGUUGACAAAUGUAAGGAAAGUAUUAAUAAAAUUUUUAAAACAACAUUCAAUUUGAUUCAAGCACGUCGUGCUGGUAUAAUCAAAACAGAUGAACAUUCAAGAACAAAAAUUUUGCUACUUAAAGAUGCUGGUCAAACAUUAAAAAGAUAUCUUAUUGUGUACCAUCAUGAACGAUUAAAUAGAAUAAGAAAGAUAACUCGAAAUACUUGUGGUAUACUAGGACAAUCAUUAAAAUCAAAUAUGUCAAAAAAUGAACAGGAAUUUGCUGAAAAAUACUACAAAUUAUAUAUUGAAUUUGAAAAUGGAAUUAGUGAAAAUGGUUUGAAAUUAUUGACAAAUAAUUCUCCACCUAAACUAGAAUAUUAUUAUUAUAGAUGUAAUGAAGAUUAUGGAGAAUAUGAGUUAGCAGAUGGUAAUAUUAUAAUAAUAAAAAGAGGUUUAAUACAUCAUAUGCCAAAAGAAAAUGCUGAAACUUUAUUAAGAAGUGGAAUUAUAGAACAAGUUCAUAUGUAA